CAUAGAUAACAAAGCAAAUAUAUAUAUAUAUAUAUAUAUAAAUAAUUUACAUUGAUUGCCCAUAACUUUUGUACACUGAAGACUGACCACUUCAGAAAAACCAUGAUGAUGAUCAAAAUCAAACCCCUUGUCCUGCUGCUAGUGCUAUCGUGCACAUGGGUGCUUACAGUUGCGACCAGUGAUUCUGCCUAUCCCACCAUCUCCGACUGUGGCAUGGAGGAACUCGUCCCUGUAAGGAGAGAAGUGUACGGAAAUGGUAGAAUAUUUGAUAUAAGUCACAGUUUCAGGGAGGACAUGCCGUCCUGGGACUCCGUGGAUGGGCUAGGCCAGUUCUUGCGUCUCCGCCACUCCAUAAAGAAUGGCUCCCUAGCCAACGUUUCCGAGCUCAAGUAUUUCUCUGUUCACUCCGGCACCCACGUCGACGCGCCAGGCCACGUGUUCGAUCACUACUUUGAUGCCGGCUUCGAUGUUGACACGCUUGACCUGGAACUGCUUAACGGUCCUGCACUGUUAGUUGAUGUUCCAAGGGAUAAGAACAUUACUGCUGAAGUUAUGAAGUCCUUGAAUAUUCCCAAGGGAAUUCGACGUGUCAUUUUCAGAACAUUAAAUACUGACAGGCGGCUAAUGUGGAAAAAGGAGUUUGAUACAAGCUUUGCAGGACUGAUGAAGGAUGGUGCUGAAUGGUUGGUAGAGAACACAGAUAUCAAACUUAUUGGAACUGAUUACCUAAGUGUUGCUGCUUAUGUUGAAGCAAUUCCAUCUCAUCUUGUUUUACUAGAAGCCAGGGAUAUCAUUCUCGUGGAAAGUCUAAAGCUCGAUCACAUCCAACCAGGAAUAUAUUCCCUUCAUUGCUUACCCCUUAGGUUGCCUGGUGCUGAGGGAUCACCCGCAAGAUGUAUUCUCAUCAAAUGAUAUUUUAUAUAUAUGUUUUAUAUUGUUGUAAGUGCUGUAGUAUCACCACUACUAUGACUUUGUAAGCUAUGUUAUAUGUCUUGUGUUUGUUAUGGAAUGCGAAGUGUUUGGUGUG